AUGGCAACGAAACGCAAAGCGCCAGCCAGGAUCGCUCAGCCGGUCGUCAAGCAAAAUGCGAAGCAGACGCUGAAGGCAAACAUCAACGAGGCAGACACCGCUGUUUCCGGGCUAAUGGGCGCGGAUGGUGUGGCUGGCGAUGUAAUAGAAAUCUCGAGCGAUCCUGACAGCAGCGAAUACGAGUUGUCCGAUGACGAAAACAGCAGCAAAGCCGCAGCCAAGGAACCGAAGACACAAGGGACGGGAAAUGCACAAGCCUCCAAUGGCGAUGCGGAUACAGAGAUGCCCUUGAUCAACGGGCCCACGGAUGAUGCCGAGUCUGAUCAAGAGCUUGCUUCGCCCACAUUCGGCGAUCUUGUCCGUGCGAAUGAGACAAUAGAUGUGCCUUCAGCCCUCUCAGCUGCACGACCUUCAGCUCUGACCGCGCCUGGCAAAUCCAUAGUGCCGCCGAGCUCAGCCUCGCUGGGCACAGUGCUGUCUCAAGCCCUGCGAACCGACGACGCAGAUUUAUUCGAAUCCUGCCUCCACACCACCGAUCUCCCUACCGUGCGCAACACCAUUCAGCGCCUGGAUUCUUCUCUAGCAGGCAGUCUGCUCACCAAAUUAGCAUCGAGAAUGCACCGGCGGCCUGGUCGAGCUGGUAGUUUGAUGACGUGGGUGCAAUGGACUUUGGUGGCACACGGAGGCGCGUUGGCAACACAACCUGGUCUGGUAAAGCAGCUCAGCGAGCUCAACCGAGUCUUGGAGGAACGAUCACGAGGUCUCAGCUCACUGCUGGCCCUGAAGGGAAAGCUGGAUAUGCUGGAGGCUCAGAUGCAAUUCCGGCGCAGUAUGCAACAGGGUGCGGACUCGGAUGAUGAUGAGGACGCGGAUGGUGAGGAAGGUGUUGUUUAUGUGGAGGGAGAAGAGAGCGACGUGGAUGUCGACGCUGAAGACGUCGACAUGGAUGAUGACUUGGUUGGUGCCAGUGGUCUCUUGGACGAUGAGGCUUCCGAAGACGAUGACGAGUACAGCGAAGACGACGAAGACGACGCAGAAGUCAUUGGCGCCGAGGAGCCUCUGGACGAGAAUGAGGUUGAUCAUGAUGACUUGGACUCGUUAGGGGAGGACGAGGAUAGCGAGGUGGAGACGGCUCCUCCAGCGAAAAAGGGGCGUAGGUGA